GUGCGCGGGGCGGAGCCUGGGGCCCUUGGCACGACUCUAGGUUCCUGGGCUCCGGCUCUGGUGGUUGCUCAGUCGCUGCUCGACGUGGAGAGGGACGGUUUCCGUCUGAGUUAUGGAUUUUGAAAAUCUUUUCUCAAAACCCCCCAAUCCGGCCCUCGGCAAAAAACCGGCCGCCGACUCUGAAAAAAGAGUUGAUGGUGAGGUCGAGGGUGCUGGAGUUGAAGAAACACAGACAGAGAAAGUAAAAUGGAAGGCAAGGCCGGAUUGUGAACAAGUUCCCAAGAAAUUUAAGCACCUCAGAAACCUUACAACGUCACCAAAGAGUUUGCUGCGUAGAAAAUCAAGAAGUAAAGACUAUGACCCAUACAGUGAUGAUGAGACCUACAGUCAGGAAUCAGAAGAUAAUUUUGACAAAGAGCUUCAACAGUACAUACAAGCCAAAGAAAUGGCAAACGCUGCUCAACCCUCACUACUUCCUGAAGAGUCUGUGGAAAAAGAGGGAGCAGCAGGCACCCAGCAGACUGCCAAACAAAAAAAUAAAAAAUCUAAAGCUGGUCACAAGAAAGUUAAACAGAAGAAAAUGAAGCGAAAGUGGCCUGGCACUGGAAACAAAGGGUCAAGUGUCUUGUUGAAGAACAGUGGCCCCCAAGAAAAGGCUGAUGAACCUGAAAAUAAGCAGCCACGUGUGAGGAUGAGUCAAGGCUUUAUCAAUCAGCACACAGUGGAACGUAAGGGGAAGCAAGUUUGCAAAUACUUUCUUGAAAGGAAAUGUAUUAAGGGAGACCAGUGUAAGUUUGAUCAUGAUGCAGAGAUAGAGAAGAAAAAGGAGAUGUGUAAGUACUAUGUACAAGGGUAUUGCAACAAAGGCGAGAACUGCCUGUAUUUACAUAAUGAAUAUCCUUGCAAGUUUUAUCACACAGGAACAAAAUGUUACCAGGGCGAUCACUGUAAUUUUUCUCAUGCCCCGCUGACCGCGGAAACACAAGAACUGUUGGCUAGAGUUUUGGAUACUGAAAAGAAGUCAUGUAAAUAGAUUAAAAAGCUGGACUAGAGGACAAAGCUAUUCCUGUUCAGGACUUCUGAAGCCUGGGAUUCGGAAUAGUUCGCGAAGGUUCCUCAGCAAACACACCUUCCUGUGUGGUUGUGAUCAUGUGCCGACCCCAGAUCUCGUGCUCGAGUGAAGGGGGUUCUGCACUGGGAAGCUCAGCCUUGGGAUGGAGAGGAGCAUGUGCAUGCUGGCUGGUGGUGAAUGCCGCGCUGUGCUAGGUUGCAGAAGUCUCUUCCAAUCGAGAUUUCCCAGUACAGUUUUGUACAAGAUCAAAGGAGGCAGGGAGAGGUUAAGUGAGGAUGGGAGGAGUACAGGAAGGGUGGUGAAGAACUGCCAGGGACGGGGUGACAAAGAGGUUACAUCUCUACGUGUCAUUAAAUACUUGCACAAAGUUUUUAACAAUAAUUCAUUCAAAGUUCCACUUCAUGGUUUAACAUAGAAUGUGGUACUGUGGUCUUUUUAAACAAUUUUCUGCUGGAUGUUUGUUUCUAAUUAUUCCUGUUUUAAAUAAAGUGGGUAAUACCUCUU